AUGUCUAUUUCUAUCCUCCUGACUACAAUCGUUCCUCUGCCUUCAGCCAAACAGCAUUCACUUACCGCCCUAGGAUUCUUUUCAGGUCGAACAGAGUCUUUUAUCAUUGCUGAUGCCUCUCUGUAUUCAACUUUGGAGAAGGAGUCCCGGAUAGCGGCUAUUGCGCAGACCACUGUUCCUAGUUCUGUAAAUUUAAGUACCACUGACGCUCGUCUGCCUCUCCUCACCUCCGUGGAGGAGUUUGAAGUGGCCGUGCGCAACUCGCCCUCAAACCCGCGACUCUGGGUCCUCUACGCGGCCUACCACCAGGACCGCAGUCAGGUGUCUGAGGCACGCAGCGUUUACGAGCGUGCGCUCAAGCUGUCGCAGACCCUGCCGGCCGUUCAGGCGACCACCUUCACCAGCACCAUCCUU